UCAUUAGCUAACCCCGCUAUCGCAUUUGACGCGUCUUUGUGCGGGCCUAACUGAAGGAGCUAAACUUCCCUUCAAUCAUCGCAUUAUCUUCUCACCAUCAUCAAAUUAUGGUUUGAUUUGCUUGCGAUCUUUAAAAGAAUGGACAAUAUCCACGCACCUACGGUCCCUGCGGGGCCUUCGUCUCGUCCGCUAACAAACGGGAAUGCGAAGCACCUGUCCUUUGCCGAGCUUCAAGCUAAGAAAGAGAAUCUUGAAGCCGAACUGAAGGCUUUAGGCGGUGUCCUCGACUCGCAUGGGGUCAACAUGGAAACACCUUUGACUACAGCCGACGGAUUUCCUCGAGCAGAUAUUGAUGUCGCACAAAUACGCACUACCCGAGCGCGAAUCAUUCACCUAAAAAACGACUACAAGGACCUCAUGAACACCAUAGAGAAACACCUCCACGAGCAUUUUGCGAGUAUCCAAGACAUCGAAGACGUUGCGCCCGCGCCGGUGAGCCAUGCCGAAAUGCUGGGCGACUCGAUUCCAGAAACGCUAGCGGAAACCUUCGCCAAGGUUAACAGCGUCGUCGCAGACAGUCCAGCAGAUUCAGCCGGCUUAAAACCUGGAGACGAAAUUCGAAACUUCGGAUACGCGAAUAAGAGCAACCACGAUGACCUGAAGAAAGUCGCGGAAUGCGUUCAGGGAAACGAAGGCCAAAGGAUCUUAGUUAAGAUUUCCCGUAGAGCCGAGUCGAAUCGGAGACAGGAGCUACAACUAAAUCUUAUUCCUCGACGAAAUUGGGGAGGUAGAGGUUUGUUAGGAUGUCAUAUUUUACCGUUAUAGGGACACCGGACUCAUCGAGCACCACCGUUCACCCGAUCCUCAGCGAGUAUUCGCCCUUACCGUAAAUUCCGACAUUGCUCCCUCCCAGUGAUAAUAUAAGGUUAGGUCGGGUUGAGAAAUAUUUCUGCUGGAUUGACGAGAAAGAUGAUUUGGUGAUCACAAAGCACGCAUGGCUACUUUUGCGGGGGAUUAUUUAGGUAUUUGACGGUUUCAAAGAAGACUGGUCUGGAAAGCAAUUGCGCGAGCAGAUACCGUAAGAUCCUAGUUUAUUGCUCGCCCGAUCGAUGCCUCAUCACAACCG